AAUGACCGUAAAUAAGAAAGCGGAAACAAAAGGGGUUUUUAUAAAAACACAAACACAUCCCCGGCUGUCGAAGUACUCAGGGAACCAACUAAAAUCAUUGACCUUACCGGCAAUAAUAUUAAAACUGAAACACAGAGCGACGCGAGUUAUUGAAGGAUCUAACUGCAGCAGUCAACAUGGCACUGAAGAGAAUAAACAAGGAACUACAGGACCUGCAGAAAGACCCUCCAGCUCAGUGCUCUGCUGGGCCAGUGGGGGAUGACUUGUUUCACUGGCAGGCGACCAUAAUGGGUCCGGGUGACAGUCCUUACCAAGGAGGAGUGUUCUUCCUCACAAUCCACUUCCCCACCGACUACCCAUUUAAGCCACCAAAGGUAGCAUUCACAACAAAGAUUUAUCACCCAAACAUAAACAGCAAUGGGAGCAUCUGUUUGGACAUCCUGCGGUCACAGUGGUCUCCAGCACUAACAGUGUCUAAAGUUCUUUUGUCUAUAUGUUCACUGCUUUGUGAUCCCAACCCAGACGACCCCUUAGUUCCAGACAUAGCACAAAUCUACAAGAACGACAAACUCAGAUACAACAGAAUAGCAAAAGACUGGACCAGCAAGUAUGCCAUGUAAAGAAAAAAAGAUUCCAACAUAGGGAAAAAAAAAAAAAAAAAGCAUACGGAGAUCUUUUUUUUCUUUUUCCUUCCUUUCUUAAAGUCACAACACACUGUCAAUUAAAGUCAGGAAUCAUUAAGUAAUGUAAGGUAACUUCAACCUAACUGUCAUCAACAUUAUAACAAGUCCAUGACGUAUAGAUCAGUCUGCGUUUUCCAAGUGAGCAAAGAUGGUCCAAGGUCGUUGAAUUGACUCAGUGACAUUCUGAAAUUCUGUCACGCUGUUUUUGCAUCAAGGAAAUGUUCAUGAAUAACACACAUUCAUUAACAAAUUAAUUCAUGUAAUCUUUAUUUGAGCCGGUGAAUGCUGGGACUGAAAUCACAUCAUGGGACGUGUCAGCAAUAAGCCUUUUUCUUUUAUAAAGGAGCUGAUUAAGAGCGCAGCAUGCUAUCAUAUAUGUUGAACAAGCUGCAGCUCCACAUGUGGAUAUCUCUCCUCCCCCCCCCCAGGUUUAAGGUUGUCCCAGUUUUUAAACUUUGAAAUGUUUCAAUACAAUAUGUGUACAAACAACAGAAUCUCCUUUUACUAUAACGUAGUAAAGGAUAGUGAUAGUGUAAAAAAGCGACACAACUACAGAUCUUCAGUCAUGUUUUUAACGGUCUAAAACGCACGAGUACAUCGUCGAUGUUUUGGUGCUGUCACUUUGCUUAUGCAUUUGUGCAAUUCAGACAGAGUGCAGGAGUUUGCUCGCAAUUUUUUGGUAAUUUAAAAAGCAAGAAAAGACACAAUCUUUGAUUCCUAUAACGUUGGUAUUUGUUUCUGAUACUGGAACAGGUAUGGAUAUUGUUUGAAUUUGACUAGUAUCAUAUCGAAGGUUGAAAGUCUGGGAUCGUCACAAGUCGGACUCGGGUCGGUUCGGAACAUAAUGAAUUACUGAAAUGUGUCAAAAACACACAGUACAAGCCUGUCAUCCUGACACAUGUCCAUCAAACUAAACUCAAACAUUCCCCCCUUUUUAAUAACCCAUCUUCACCCUUCCCUUCAUGUUAGUGGGCGAUCGAGGUUUCUGUCGAGUACUUUUUGCAUCUUGUAGCAGGUCGAAUAUAAAGAACAAUGUACUGUUAAAGCUGAAAUGGGAAAAAAAAAAACAGGAGCAAUGAAAAGUAAUGUAUUACUGUGUUCUUCAUCUCUUAUUAUUGUUAUUAUCAUUGUUUUUAUUAACAAUAUUAUUAAUGAUUCAUUGUAUAGUAUAAAAAAAAUCCUCUGGAACUCUAUUAUUGUUUAACUUUGUUUCAUUUCUAUCGUCGUCACAUUAAUCUGUCAUUAAACUGAUGUUCUCUUUC